GAGCUUGCCGUACGUUGACUGCGCGCUUUGUGAUUGUUGAUAGCCGUUUUCUUCUUCAUCGUCGUCUUUUCAAUUUCAAACCACCAAGUCAAACAGGGGACACUUCUCGGAGAACUAAGGCUCUACCGGGAGACGCACCAUGUCGAGGCGCUACAUAAGCGGUGCCUCCUGAAGGAGAAAGGAAACUGUGACGCCGAUGACACUAUGGGCGGUAUAAGUUUCCACCGUUUUCCUCGGGACCCCUUGAGGUACAAGGCGUGGCUGGAGUUUUGCAACCUGGAGGCGGAUACGAGUCUAAUUUCCAUUCGCUCUAAGGUCCUGUGCUCCCAGCACUUCGCACCAGUUGCUUAUUUGCGCACAGGAAGGCUUCGGUGGGAUGCAGUUCCUACAUUGAAGCGCACACUGCAUGGCGUUGGAGGAAGUAGUGCCUACGCCAAUCAGAGCAGACUUGAAAGCAGUGGGCCUUCAACGGAGGAACGUGUGCAAGCUGUGGUAGCCUGCGAUGACGACAGCACAGGAGCAAUACACCUUCACCAGAUGAGUCAUCCUUGCCAUGCUGAAGAGUGUGGUACUGAAGAAAGUCAGCAACAGCGUGAUCUGUCUCAUCAGGACCAUAGCUACGCACAACACGCACCAGCCUUGUCAACACAGAGCACUGUUGUCUCCCCACUAGCUGCAGUUGUCACUCCUCUGCCAGGAACGUCGUCUGGUGUACUGCGUGCAGUCUCGUCACCUCAGCACUUAGGAGGUGGAAGUGGCUGGCAUCCCCCCAAAGAUUGCCCAUCGUCCAGUAGUCUAGCAGCUCCAGCACAGCCAACAAAAGGCAAGCUGGAUAACCUCCGCAAGAAAGUGCACCAGUUGCAAGCCCUGUGUUCAGCACCUGUGUUCAUAGAUACCUAGCAUACAUUUUCUAUUUUGAAUCUUCA